GUUGCCAUCACCGCACCCACAGGCAUUGCAGGCAUGAACAUCGGUGGCUCAACCAUUCACUCCUGGGCGGGUAUAGGCUUGGGCAAGGAAACUGUCGAGGAGUUGGUGGAUAUUCUAAGUGACAGGGCGGUCCAACGAUGGACAGACACUCGUGCCCUUAUAAUUGAUGAAAGU